AUGUCGGACAAUGUGGGCGGCAGAAAAAUGUUAGACGUAGGAACCAGACAAAAAUCAUCACGUAAAACGACAUCCAGCAGCUCUGACGCGUCUGUACCUGUAUAUGCCAGUUCUGCUGAAGGUUCUGUGAGAUAUAAAGAAAGUAAGAAAUCGUCAAUCUACAAGAGCUCUGAGGAAUUUUUCGAGUACGGGUGUGACCCUUGCAGUUCAGCAGGUGAACAUAUAGAAGCUGAGGGAUUUUGUACAGAUUGUGGUGAAUACCUCUGUGGUACGUGUUUUAGAAGCCAUUCAAGAGGCAAAGCUACAAAACACCAUAAACUGUUAAACAAAGAUAAUAUGCCGAGUGAAAACGUUCAAACUUGCGAUCCUUGUAAAAUAGCCGGUGAAGAAAUAGAUGCCAAAGGUUAUUGUGAUGAUUGUGAAGAAUAUCUGUGUAGUAACUGCUUCAGAAGUCAUUCAAGAAGUAAGGCAACAAAACAACAUAACUUGAUGGAUAAAGAAAAUAUGCCUAAAAAAUACAAUAGUGCAAUUGCAUCCUCAGUCGCCAAAAUUGAUAUCCACAAAGAAGACGCGAGGUGUCAGAUGUCUAAAGAAGAAUAUAUUUACGUCCGAGACAUUAAUGUGAAGGUAGCAGCGGACACAAAUGAGAGUGACAUUGUAGCGAUAACUCUAGUGUCGGACCAUGAACUUGUUUUAGCGGAUUAUAAUAACGCAUCUUUGAAGCUUAUUGAUAUUGACCGUAAUGUAAUAAAGGGGACACUGGACUUGGAGUCUAAACCAUUUGGACUCACAACGGUUUCGAAGGACAAGGUAGCUGUAUUAUUGUCCAACAUAUAUGUCAUUCAAAUUGUAACAGUUUCUAGGACUAUAUCCGUACAAAGAAAUAUCAAAUUAAUGGGUCUAUGUUUAGACAUUAAGUAUCUAAAUGGAAAACUAUAUGCUUCAUUCUCUAAGCCUGUCAGAUUCCUUAUACUUCAGCUAUCAGGUGCAGUGUAUAAAACGAUCAAGCCUGAUGCUGAAGUACUUAAACACUGCACGAAGCCAGAUAACAUUGCAGUCAGUCCUAAUGAGAGUGUGAUCUACGUGUCUGACUGGAAAACCAACAAAUUUAUAUGCGUAGAUAUGGAUGGGAAUAUGAUAUCUAUGUAUCUACAUGAGCUUGCUAUUCCCGUGGAUAUCGUCAUAACUCCAUUCGGAUCAGUCUAUCUUUGCAGCAGAAAUCAGGACGCCAUUUACAAGAUGAAUCCAGAUUUAAGUGAAGCUACUGUGAUACUAGGACAUAGAGACAGUUUGUUUGGUCCACUAGCAAUGUGUUUUAACAAUGCCAAACAACAACUCUACGUUAGCAGUGCAAGUAGUAAAGCCGAAGCACGAAAUCAAAUAAAAGUGUUCAAACGGCAGUAA